GGUUGUUGAAUCUCCGGUAUCGGGAGAUGAUAGGCUCAACGUUGUUUAGGAGCAGAUGUUUACUUCUCCGAUCGUUGUCCGUUCACAUCGGGAAACCUCCCGACGCAUCAGCCGAAAUAGCGGGAAUCCUCAAUAAGGCGAACUGGCGCGACGCCUUGGUGUCUUCGAAUCUCGCGGCGGAGAUAAACCCAGACGUCGUUCUCUCCGUUUUGCGAUCAAAACGCGUCGAUGAUCCCGCUAAGCUUCUGAGAUUCUUCAAUUGGGUGGAUUCUCAGAAGGUCACGGAGCAGAAACUUGAUUCGUUUUCGUUUCUCGCUUUAGGUUUGUGUAGCUUCGGUAGUUUAGGGCGAGCUCGUAGUGUUGUAAUCCGGAUGAUUGAGAGGAAGUGGCCUGUAUCUGAGGUUUUGAGCUCGGUUGCGAGAUGUUCGCGAGAGUUGAGUGAUGGCGGCGGAGUUGUUGUAUACGGGAUCUUGAUUGAUGUGUAUAUUGAAAACGGGUUUUUAGACGAAGCUGCUUUUGUGAUUACAAACACUAAGGAUUUGGUUCUUGAUUCGUCAAAAUGUAACGUUUUGUUGGAUGCGUUUUUGAAGAUGAAUCGUCUGGAUUUGUUUUGGGAUGUGUAUAAUGAGAUGGCUGAGAGAAGUGUAGUGUUUGAUGUUCACAUUUAUGAAAAGUUGAUUGUUGCCCAUUGCAGAGGUGGGAAUGUUCAGCUGGCAAAAGAUGUUCUUCUUAAAGCCGAAGAAAAGUUUGGGAUGGUGAGUGUGGCUGUGUAUGGCUUGGUAAACGAAGCGUUGUGUAUGAAGGGAGAUGUGGAUGAAGCUCUUGAGCUAAAGAAGAGGAUGAUUAUCAAAGGAUUGGUGCCAUCGAAGCAGUCAUUUAAUAUACUUGUAGAUGGGAUGUGUAAGCGGAAGAGACUAGAUGAUGCUAAAUCGCUGGUGGUAGAGAUGAAUAGUUUCGGUGUGUUUCCUGAUAAUUUCACUUGCAGUAUACUGAUCGAGGGUUUACUGAAGGGGAGGGAUGCAGCCGCUGCAAAUGGACUAGUCCAUGAGAUGGUUUCUUUUGGGAUGAACAUUGAUCCUAAGAUUUAUGAUUCUUUUAUUUGUGUCAUGUCAAAGGAAGGAGCAAUGGAGAAGGCAAAGGCUCUCUUUGAUGGGAUGAUCGCAUCUGGAGUGACACCAGGUGCUCGAGCUUUUGCUAGUUUGGUCGAGGGAUACGUUCAAGGAAAUAAUGCACUAAAGGGUUAUGAGUUACUUGUUGAAAUGAAAACGAGGAACAUUGUCAUAUCUCCAUAUACUUAUGGUACAACAGUUAAGGGCAUGUGUUCUUCUGGGGAUAUCGAUGGAGCUUAUAAGAUUGUGAAGGAGAUGGGUGCAAGCGGCUGCAGAGCCAAUGUGGUUAUAUACACAACAUUGAUCAAAACCUUUCUCCAGAAAGGUAGGUUUGGAGAUGCAGUGAGGGUGCUGAAAGAAAUGAAGGAACAAGGGAUUGCACCAGACACAUUUUGCUACAAUUCCCUUAUAAUUGGUCUUUCAAAGGCCAAAAGGACGGACGAAGCAAGGUCUUAUCUGGUUGAAAUGGUUGAAAACGGAUUAAAGCCUGAUGCUUUCACCUACGGGGCUUUUAUCAGUGGAUAUAUAGAAGCAGGGGAAUUUGCAUCCGCAGAGAAAUAUUUGAAAGAGAUGGUGGAAUGUGGUGUGGUUCCAAAUAAGGUCUUGUGCACGGGUCUGAUCAGUGAGUACUGCAAAAAGGGAAAAGUAAUUGAGGCGUGUUCAGCAUUCAGAUCCAUGGUUGAACAAGGGAUUCCAGGGGAUGCUAAGACAUACACUGUUCUUAUGAAUGGUCUCGUUAAAAACGGUAAAGUAGACGAUGCGGAGGAGAUUUUCCAGGAAAUGCGUGGAAAGGGUAUAGCACCUGAUGUAUUCUCUUACGGCACACUCAUUGAUGGUUUUUCUAAGUUGGGAAAUAUGGAAACGGCUUCUCGUAUUUUUGAUGAGAUGGUUCAAGAAGGUGUGACUCCUAAUGUCAUCAUAUACAACAUGUUGCUUGGUGGCUUUUGCAAGUCUGGUGACAUCGAAAGAGCUAAAGAAAUUUUCAACGGAAUGUCAGGAAAAGGUUUCCCCCCUAAUGCAGUGACGUACUGUACAAUCAUAGAUGGUUGUUGCAAAUAUGGAGAUCUAGAGGAGGCUUUUCGGUUAUUUGACGAGAUGAAACCAAAGGGAUUAGCUCCCGACAGUUUUGUGUACACGACACUUGUGGAUGGGUGUUGCAGAUGGAACGAUGUGGAAAGAGCUAUAGCCAUCUUCGAGACAAAAGAGAUGGGUUGUGGUUCUUCUACCGCCCCCUUCAAUGCUUUGAUCAACUGGGUUUUGAAGUUCGGAAAAACAGAAUUAAAAACAAAACUGAUAAAUAUGGUGAUGGGCGGUUCGCUUGAUAAGCACGGCAAGCCCAAUGACGUAACUUACAACAUCAUGAUAGAUUAUUUAUGCAGGGAAGGAAAUUUGGAAGCUGGAAAGGAGCUAUUGCAGGACAUGCAGAAGGCAAACCUGAUGCCUAGUGUUGUAACUUACACAUCUCUUCUAAACGGGUAUGAUAAAAUGGGUAGGAGAUCGGAAAUGUUUGGUAUAUUCGACGAGGCCAUUGCCUCAGGAAUUGAACCAGACAGCAUAAUGUACAGUGUCAUCAUUACUGCUUUCCUGAAAGAAGGGAUGAAGACAAAAGCACUUAUGUUCGUGGAUGAAAUGUUUGCCAAGAACGCUGCUGUGGACGGGUGUAAGCUAAGUAUAUCGACAUGCCGGGCUAUACUCUCUGGUUUUGCUAAAGUGGGAGGAAUGGAGGCAGCUGAGAAGGUUAUGGAGAACAUGAUACGUCUCAAAUAUAUUCCCGAUUCUUCGAGUGUCAUUGAGUUGAUUAAUGAGGGUACUUCCUCAAACGAAAGAAUGGAAGCAGAUGCUGCUCCAUAAAAGCCAAAAGCAGUUAUAAAUCCUCCUUCUUCAAUGUAGCUAAAAGAGAGACGGCUGGUUUAUGGCAAAUGUCUUGACCGACUUGAAAUUGCGCGAAGGUAAGGCAAGCUGUGGGUGGGCAUGAUAUGUCAUUGUUUAUUUGUUCAGUUGCCGUUGAGAAUUUCCAGUUGUUAUUGGAAAAGCGUAUGUCUGCCCAGAAACUCUCUGCAUUUGAUUCAGAAAGGAUUUGCCUUCACCUAGUCAUCAUGAUGACUCAGGAGUUGAUGAUGAUUGGGAGACACAUCUGAGCUGUAUGAACCGCAGUUUUUCGAUUUCUUAGAGAAGAGGACCAUGUUUUGCGUCACUAAAUCUGCAUUUUCAGGUUUUUUAAAAGAUGUACUGAAUGUUACAUUGAAGUCGUUAACAUUGCAAAUACAGAUUUUCGGUGAA